UUUAUUUUGUUUAAUGUACAUGCCAGCAGGCUUUGAGGUAAAAUAAAGGAAUUAGAAACAAUGCCAGUGUGAACAUUAUUGAACCAAAGACACAAUGUUUGUUCUAUUAGUGACCUUUAAACCUGCCACGAGUGUAUUGUGGUGAUCCACAUGACCUGAAACAACGCCCCAGACAUACGUAAGAGAGAGAGAGAGAGAGAGAGAAGGCGCUCACCCACCCACCUACUGUCAUGACCAAGGAGCCUUCAGGCCGUCAUAAGCCCUCCUCCACACGCAAGCAUCGGCUCAGUGAGGAACACAAGAUGCAAAUGAGCCGUUUGGUGACAGUUGGGUGCCAAAGUGGAGGGUGCCUAACGAGGGCACUCCUUCUGCUAGUCAGCUUCCUAGCUACCUUUACUGUAGGGGAGAGUGGGAAGGUGAACAACCUGCAGAUCCUUGACGAGAUGUUGAAGGACUACGACAGGAGGGCAACACCUACUAACUACCUGAACAACGCAACGACAGUUAACUGCGAGCUCUAUAUUCGCAGCUUCGGCUCUAUCGACCCCAACUCUAUGGAUUAUGCGGUUGACCUGUACCUGAGACAAUCGUGGGUGGACGAGCGUCUGAACCACGCCGACAUCUCACAACCACUUGACCUUAAUGACCCCAAUUUGGUGAAGGCUAUAUGGAAGCCUGAGGUGUACUUCCCCAACGCCAAACACGCAGAGUUCCAGUUUGUGACCGUGCCCAACGUCCUGGUCAGGAUCAACCCCAUGGGCGAGAUACUCUACAUGCUCAGACUGAAGCUGGUGUUUGCCUGCAUGAUGGAACUUUCCAAGUUCCCUCUGGACUCUCAAGUUUGCACGAUGGAGAUUGCAAGUUUUUCCAAGACGAUGAAGGAACUCAAUUUAUCUUGGAAGAGCGACGCACCAAUUAAGAUGUACAAGAACAUGAGGAUGCCACAGUUCGAGAUGGAGAAGAUUGUCCCAACCACUUGUCAGGAGUCUUUCCAGAUUGGUAACUACAGCUGCCUGGUGGCAGAGUUCCACAUGAGAAGGGCCAUCGGGUUCCACCUGGUGCAGAGUUACCUGCCCACCAUCCUCAUAGUGGUCAUCUCCUGGGUCUCCUUCUGGAUGGAUGUUGACUCCGUGCCGGGCCGCACCACUCUUGGAGUCACCACUCUCCUCACUGUCUCCUCCAAGUCCUCAGGCAUCCAGGCCGGCCUGCCGCAGGUGUCCUACGUGAAGGCCAUCGACGUGUGGAUGGGCGCCUGCACAGCCUUCGUGUUCUGCGCUCUCUUGGAGUUUACUCUGGUGAACUACCUGUGGCGCCGACGACCGCAGGUAGAACUACGUCCUCGGGGUGGUUCCAACGGGACCUGUCUGGCAGAGAGGUUUACCCACACCCCCUCCUUCAGUCACCCCAGCAAGGCCACAACACUCAUUCCCAGCCCUGGAGACCCCAAGGGUGUUCCCGACGAAGGGGGGAGCGCAUCCCCCUGCUCAGCUCUGCCGGGGAGUUCAGAUAGUAAGGUAGGCACCAUCUCCCCCGGUCAGGACGACAAGGCACUGGUGGCAGCACAGGUCGUCAGGGCCAUCAAGCAGAGCAAUAAGAUACGAGCCCGCAAGAUUGAUGAAUACUGCAGAGGCAUUUUUCCUCUCCUCUUUGGCCUCUUCAAUAUUUCUUACUGGUGUUACUAUAUGCUCUAAGAUGUACAUAUUUCAUUUGUGCUAAGGUCUAACAGUAUUCGUAUUUGAGAGUUUCGACGUCUCAGUUCGUUCUGGAACCUUACCAAGUUAUCACGACGGUUCGGUCCGUUCUGGAACCUUACAAAGUCAUGACGACCUUUCGGUCCGUUCUGGAACCUUACAAAGUCAUGACGACGUAUCGGUCCGUUGUGGAACCUUACAAAGUCAUGACGACGUAUCGGUCCGUUGUGGAACCUUACAAAGUCAUGACGACGUAUCGGUCCGUUGUGGAACCUUACAAAGUCAUGACGACGUUUCGGUCCGUUCUGGAACCUUACAAAGUCAUGACGACGUAUCGGUCCGUUGUGGAACCUUACAAAGUCGUGAAAACGUUUUGCUCUGUCUUGGAACCAUAUUACUUCUGCUUGAUAAGGGUCCAGGACGGACUGAAAGGUCGCCACUUACUUUUCCUUCCAGAUGUGUAAGGUGUGUUACAAUAUGCAAUGUUUACCUAGAGUUUACCACAAGUUUUGUAGGAGUUUACCUCGAGUGUAUAUCAGAAGUUGUCCCUCUCCCUAAGCCCAGCCAGGGGUCAGGCUUGGCUUGAGAUAAAUUGAUCUAAAAGGCUGUUGCUUGCAGCAGUCCGCAAUGAUCUGGUCAUAUUAGCAAUGAUCAUCGUAUUAUUCGCUUCGAAUUACAUGCAAAUAAAAAUUAGUGUGUGUGUAUAUAUAUAUAUAUAUAUA